GGUCCCCCCGGUUCCUCAAGAUUCAAGGGGCUUACAUAAGAAGGGCCCAGACAUCAGUGCCCGGCGCGCAAUGUGUCCACACCGGGCGCAAAAUCAGCUCUAGAUUCAUCUUGCUACAUAUUUAAUGUACAGAGGAGGCUAACCGGGUAACAAUCGGCUCUCUCCUCCGACACCCAGUCUGGGCGGGAAUGCCCUUGCAUUCUCAGUUGCAUAUGGGCAUUGUGCAUAACGCAUGUACAUGUCGAUGUAUUUUUUGAGCCGCAGACGCGGGUCAGCGGGCUAUCGAUCCCCUUCCCCAUUCGGGCACCAUUGCGCAUGCCCAAAAUUUCCUCCUUUGAGCCCACCUGAACUCACUCCUGUCUAUAGCAAUCGUAGGGACGGUGCAAGCCAUCCGUUCAGUAGGUUCGUUUCGGUGCCAGAGCGGUGCCAUUGAUCCCAUCAGAAGGAGUGGGAGGCCCCCUUCUCUGGUUGGCUAAUCGGAACCAUGCGCAGCCAGGCGCUUUCUCUUGCCCGCGCGGGCCUGCUGCAGCUGAGCUCCCAGACGGGUGCCAGCCUGGAGGGUGGCUUCGCGCUGUCCAAGCGUGCCGAGCAGGCGCUCAUCCGCGCCAGCCGCGCGUUCGCCAGCGAUGCUAAGGCUCUGGACGAGCUGCGCAAGCCCAAGUUCACCAGCAAGUACCUGAUUAACCAUGUUUCGGAGAAGCUGAUUCCGGCCGUCAAGGAGUGGGAGAAGCAGUACCAGCCCCCGGUUAUCCACCUGGGCCGCGUGCUGUCCGUCGGUGACGGUAUUGCCCGCGUGUACGGCCUGAAGAGCGUGCAGGCCGGUGAGCUGGUGUGCUUCGACAGCGGCGUGAAGGGCAUGGCCCUGAACCUGCAGGCCGACCACGUGGGUGUGGUGGUCUUCGGUAACGAUUCGCUCAUCCACCAGGGUGACCUGGUGUACCGCACGGGCCAGAUCGUGAACGUGCCGGUGGGCCCCGGCACCCUGGGCCGCGUGGUGGACGCGCUGGGCCAGCCCAUUGACGGCAAGGGCCCGCUGACCAACGUGCGCUCGUCGCUGGUGGAGAUCAAGGCACCGGGUAUCAUUGCCCGCCAGUCGGUGCGCGAGCCGCUGUACACCGGCGUGAAGGCCGUGGACGCGCUGGUGCCCAUCGGCCGUGGCCAGCGUGAGCUGAUCAUUGGCGAUCGCCAGACCGGCAAGACCGCCGUGGCCCUGGACUGCAUCCUGCACCAGAACUACCUGAACGGCCUCACCAACAAGAAGAACCGCGUGUACUGCGUGUACGUGGCCAUCGGCCAGAAGCGCUCCACCGUGGCCAACCUGGUGAAGCUGUUCGCGCAGACCGGCGCGCUCAAGUACACCAUCAUCGUGUCCGCCACCGCCUCGGACGCCGCCCCCCUGCAGUUCCUGGCGCCCUACUCCGGCUGCGCUAUGGCCGAGUACUUCCGCGACACCGGCAAGCACGCCGUGAUCAUCUACGAUGACCUGUCCAAGCAGUCGGUGGCCUACCGCCAGAUGUCGCUGCUGCUGCGCCGCCCGCCCGGCCGUGAGGCUUUCCCCGGUGACGUGUUCUACCUGCACUCGCGCCUGCUGGAGCGCGCCGCCAAGCUGUCGGCGGCCAUGGGCGGCGGCUCGCUGACCGCCUUCCCCGUCAUUGAGACCCAGGCCGGUGAUGUGUCGGCCUACAUCGCCACCAACGUGAUUUCCAUCACGGACGGCCAGAUCUUCCUGGAGACUGAGCUGUUCUACAAGGGUAUCCGCCCCGCCCUGAACGUGGGUCUGUCGGUGUCGCGCGUGGGCUCCGCGGCGCAGUUCCCCGGCAUGAAGCAGGUGGCGGGUACCCUGAAGCUGGAGCUGGCGCAGUACCGUGAGGUGGCCGCCUUCGCCCAGUUCGGCUCCGACCUGGACGCCGCCACCCAGUACGUGCUGGAGCGCGGCGCGCGCCUGACCGAGGUGCUGAAGCAGAAGCAGUUCGUGCCCAUGCCCAUCGAGCAGCAGACCAUCGUGGUGUACGCCGCCACCAAGGGCUACCUGGACAAGGUGCCGGUCAACCAGAUCACGGCCUGCGAGGACGUGAUCCUGAAGCACGUGGACCCCCGCCUGUUCAAGAUCCUCAAGGCCAAGGGCAAGAUCACCCCCGAGAUCAACGCCCACCUGGCCCAGCAGAUGUCCAACCUGCCGGUGAUGACCAAGUAAGCGGCCGGCAGCCGAUGCGGCUGUGGUGCGGGCUUGCUGGCGUGCCGCCGCAGGCAUCGCGUGGAGGAGGAGCGGCAUUGUUGGAGAGCCCUGGCGGCGGCAGCAGCUGGUGCGGGGCUCGCGGCGCGGCAGAGACGGUGGCGGCGUGUGCGCAGCGUGGCCAGUCGAAUCCUGGGAAGGGCGUCUGGAGGUAGCGCGAGUGGGCGCCGGGUGUCUGUCGGGGAGUUUUUCGGACGCACACUAGAGUAGUAGCAGCAGCGAAGCGUCGGCGCGCGGGUGGAGGAAGCUGUUGCGCCGCUUGAGAGCUCACUGCGACGCGGUCCUGCCGUGGGGGCCGUGGCGUGCGCUGCGGAGUGUGUGCGGGGGAUGAGGCGGACGUCAUCGAGCUUGACAACUUGGUCCAUGAGCGUGCCUGUUGGCCAAGAGUUUAUUUCUUCUAGUAGUCGUGUUACGUACAGCCUUUGUGUUGCGCGAUGUGAGUCAUGGUAGGAGUCGACAGCAGAGAUGAGAUAGGUGUGGGAGGUAUGGGUACGUGGCGUGGGAGCCCCAUCCCUGCCAUGCCAGGCGGACUCGGAACGUCCGAGGCACUAGGAUACUUGGGCGGAGAGCGGCAGCCGGGUGGCGCGCCGUGUCGUCGGUCACAGGUGGUCUGCACUGCCUGCCUCAGGGGCCGCUGCACAUUCAGCAGCGCGCAUCAGGAGUUGUAACGGAAAGGAGCG